AACCCAAGACCCAGUAAUUCCCAAAGGAAAGUGGGGGUGAAGCAGGGUGGGCUCCAGGCAGCACAGAGAGGUCAGGGACAGAAGUCAGAAGAGAUAAGGCGGGGGUGUCCCAAGAGCCAGGUUACCCAGGGCAUGGAGUUCGGACUUGGGGCUGGAGGUGGGGGGUGAAGAGGGAGGUCCCGUAAGGCAGUAUCAGAAUCGUUUUGGGAGACUCGUCCUGCUGCUUCGUGGAGGACGGCUUGGGGCAUGGGAGGGGCCAGGGAGGGAACCCAGUGCAGGUGUGAUUGCUGCAGACCCAUCACAAACCUCCCCGUCAAAGAAAGCACAUCCGCCCGGCAGAGCUCCUAAGCCUCAAGCAGCUGCCAGGAGACUCACUGGAGGCCACCCCAAGGUGGCUGGGGGCAGAGUGGGGCAGGAGGCCCUGCAAUUCCAGGGUUGCCCAGGCACUGAGAAUCCUGGCUUUCAUCAUAAUGGGCUGAGGUUCUGGGGACAAUCUGAGCGGCGGCUCUGAGCAAGCUGUGCCCAGGGAGGCUUUGAGGUACACAGGGUCCCUCGGGGGGCCUGAGAGCAGCCAUGAGGAGGCACAGUGAGACAGACGUGGAGGAGCAGACCCAGGAGCUGAAGACCAUCACUCAGCUCCAGGAGCAGUGUCGGGCACUCCAGAUCCAAGGGAUGAAAGAGAAUACGGACCAGAACAAGGCCACGCUGGCCCUCUUGCGCAGCAACAUCCGCCGUGGGGCCCAGGACUGGGCUUUGGCCAAGAAGUAUGACCAGUGGACCAUCUCCAAGGCCUGCGGGAAAAACUUGCCUUUGCGACUGGCGCACUGCCGCAGCACCAUGGAGGUGGUGCGGGAGAAGCUGCGCAAGUACGUCUUCGACCGCGUGAACAUGCACAACCUACUGAUCCACCUGGUGCGGCGGCGCGGGAAGAAGCUGGAGAGCAUGCAGCUGGAGCUGGCCAGCCUGCGGAGCCAGCCAGACGCCAGCAAGGAGGAGCUGCGGUUGCUGCAGAUCAUCCGCCAGCUGGAGAAUAACAUCGAGAAGACAAUGGUCAAGAUCAUCACCAGCCAGAACAUCCACCUGCUGUAUCUGGAUCUGCUGGAUUAUCUGAAGACAGUGCUGGCAGGAUAUCCCAUCGAGCUGGACAAGCUGCAGAACCUCGUGGUCAGCUACUGCUCAGAGCUGUCGGAUAUGAAGAUCAUGUCCCAAGACGCCAUGAUGAUUACGGAUGAGGUCAAGAGGAACAUGAGGCAAAGGGAGGCGUCCUUCAUCGAGGAGCGCCGGGCAAGGGAGAACCGGCUCAACCAGCAGAAGAAGCUGAUCGACAAGAUCCACACGAAAGAGACCAGCGAAAAGUACCGCCGGGGCCAGAUGGACUUGGACUUCCCCUCGAACCUGAUGAGCAUGGAGACCCUGAAAUUGAGGAGAAAAGAGACCUCCACAGCAGAAAUGGAAUACCAGGCGGGUGUGACUGCUGUGGUGGAGAAGGUCAAGAGUGCUGUACGGUGCUCUCACGUCUGGGACAUCGCUGGCCGCUUCCUGGCCCAGAAGAACACGGAGGAGAACCUGGAGCUGCAGAUGGAGGAGUGUGAGGAGCGGCGGGUGCAGCUGAAGGCCCUGGUGAAGCAGCUGGAGCUGGAGGAGGCCGUGCUCAAGUUCCGCCAGAAGCCUAGCUCCAUCAGCUUCAAGUCCAUUGAGAAGAAGAUGACAGACAUGCUAGAAGAGGAAGAAGAGAGGCUCCAGCUCGCGCACAGCAACAUGACCAAGGGCCAGAAGCUGCUGCUGACCAUCCAGAUGGGCAUCGACAACCUCUAUGUCCGGCUGAUGGGCAUUACCUUGCCUGCGACCCAGAGAGAAGUGGUGCUCUCCGACACCCUCGAUUUGAACAGCAAGCUGGCGUAUUGCGAGGGGAAGCUCACGUACCUGGCUGACAGAGUGCAGAUGGUGUCCAGGACCGAAGAGGGCUACACAAAGGUGAGGGACGCCCUGGAGUCCUCGACUCUGAAGGAGAAGUACAACACCAGGAUCAGCUUUGAGGACCGGGAGGAGGAUAUGAUCGACACCUUCCAGUUCGCCGACAUGGACCACAGCUACGUCCCUUCGCGCGCCGAGAUCAAGAGGCAGGCGCAGCGGCUAAUCGAGGGGAAGCUCAAGGCGGCCAAGAAAAAGAAGAAGUAGCCCCGCCGCCCCGCUCCCUGCUUUGUUACACAAAUAAACAUUUUUCCAGGA